CUCAGUUUUCCACCUCUCCAGCAAAGUCACUUCUGUAGUACCAGAGAGUGUGUUGCUCAUUGUGCUGGGCCUUGGAUUGGGAGGGAUCGUCUGGGCCGCAAACCACACUGCUUCCUUCACCUUAACUCCCACCGUGUUCUUCUUCUACCUCCUACCUCCAAUCAUCCUGGAUGCUGGAUACUUCAUGCCAAAUCGGCUAUUCUUUGGGAACCUCGGCAGUAUCCUGAUGUACGCUGUCAUUGGCACAGUUUGGAACGCUGGAACUACAGGCCUUUCCCUCUAUGGUGUUUACAAGAGUGGCCUCAUGGGAGAGCUUGACGCUGGUCUCCUGGAUUUCCUCCUGUUUGGAAGUCUGAUUGCAGCAGUGGAUCCUGUGGCCGUGCUAGCUGUGUUUGAGGAGGUGCAUGUCAAUGAUAUCCUAUUCAUCAUUGUGUUUGGGGAAUCUCUGCUGAACGAUGCUGUCACUGUGGUGCUGUACAAUGUCUUUGAUUCUUUUGCUGGGAUUGGAGCAGAGAAUAUUAGUGGUCUGGACAUCUUCAAAGGCAUAGUAUCUUUCUUUGUUGUAAGUCUGGGUGGAACUGCUGUUGGCAUAGUCUUUGCAUUCCUGCUCUCCCUGGUAACCAGAUUCACGAAGCACGUACAGAUUAUCGAGCCUGGAUUUGUCUUUAUCAUUUCAUAUCUGUCCUACCUCACCUCAGAGAUGUUUUCUCUCUCUUCUAUUUUAGCCAUCACGUUCUGUGGUAUAUGCUGUCAGAAGUACGUGAAGGCCAACAUCUCUGAAAAUUCCAUCACCACGGUUAGAUACACCAUGAAAAUGCUGGCGAGUGGAGCUGAAACCAUUAUCUUCAUGUUCCUGGGAAUCUCUGCAGUGGACACUCUGAUAUGGAAGUGGAACACGGCCUUCAUACUUUUGACUCUGGUCUUCAUCUCUGUCUACAGAGUCAUUGGAGUCAUCAUUCAGACCUGGAUUCUCAACCACUUCCGUGUGGUGCAGUUGGAGAUCAUUGAUCAAGUGGUGAUGUCCUACGGUGGCCUGCGUGGAGCUGUAGCCUUUGCCCUCGUGGUAUUACUGGAUCAAAGCAAAAUCAAAGAGAGACGGCUAUUUGUCAGCACGACCAUCAUUGUGGUGUAUUUCACGGUCAUAUUCCAGGGUUUGACAAUCAAACCAUUGGUGAACUGGCUGAAAGUGAAGAAAAGCGAGCACCGAGAGCCUUUACUCAAUGAGAAACUCCAUGGAAGGGCAUUCGAUCACAUUCUAUCUGCAAUAGAAGACAUCUCGGGCCAAAUCGGGCACAAUUAUCUUCGAGACAAGUGGGCUAACUUUGACAGAAAUUACCUGAGCAAAUUACUGAUGAGGAAAUCUGCCCAGACGAGUAGGGACAGAAUUCUCAGUGUCUUCCGUGAAUUGAACAUCAAAGAUGCCAUCAGUUAUGUGUCUGAGGGAGAACGCCAGGGGUCAUUGGCAUUUAUCCGCUCACCCAAUGAUGUCAAUGUUGAUUUCCGAGGCUCCCGGUCAUCUAUUGUAGACUCUUCGCUCUCUUCAAUCCUGCGGGAGAGCACUAGUGAGGUGUGCCUUGACAUGCAGGCACUCGAGAGGAGAAGAAAGAGUGUGAAAGACCGAGAAGACACUGUCACUCAUCACAUGCUGCACCAACAUUUGUACAAACCCCGGCAAGAAUCCAGGCUUGUUUACAGUCGUCAUAAGCUGACACACAAAAAGGAUGAAAAGCAAGACCAAGAGAUCUUUGAGCGCACCAUGAGAAAGAGACUGGAAUACUUCAAAUCCACAAAGCCAGCGGUCCGCCACGGUACGAAGUGCAAGGAUAGAAUAGUGAAAAAGAAGAAUCAACUUACCUUGCCAAACGGAAAAGCGAAUGGGAAAUCCCAUGGGAAAUCCCAUGGGAAAUCUCACGGGAAACCGAAUGGGAAGCCAAAUGGACAGCCAAUUACACAGAUGUCUCUGCACCAUGAUGACAAAGACCUGUUAGAAUCCGAUACAGAGGACAAUUUUGAGAAAGAGGAUGGAGGAAUUAAUUUCUUAAUUUCUACAAGUUCAGCGGUGAAUGAAGAUCCAAGAAAUGGAAUUGUUAACCCAAUGUUUUGUGCUGAUGAAGAACAACCAGACAGUAUGAUCUCUCCACCACCGUGGGUCUCUAACGAAGAUACCGUUAUCCUGUCUCAGAGGGCUCGUGAUCAGAUACCCCACAGUCCAACCUACUUUCAUCGUCUCGCUCCCAUGCAGCUCAGCAACCGCUCCAUAGAUUCCUUUUUGCUAGCGGACAUUCCCGAAGAGCGGCCACUGUCCUUCCUGCCAGAGUCGACUUUAAUGUAACCUAAAACCGAUCCCAAGCCCCCCUCCAUUGCCUUGCCCCUCCAAGCUAGAAGAACAACGUCCCCCAAGAAAAGCUGAACAUCCCAAUGAAGAUAGCUUUAACACCGAGGGUCCCUUCAAGAUCUUCCCAAAGUAUCUCCAGACGUCCUGGGUGCCAAAUUAUUCUUCACCAAAAAGCAAGGAGCCCCAAUUGCCUACGGUUUCGGAACAGGUGGCAGUUCAAGAAAAGAGACCUGCUGAGUUUGUUCAGAAGAUUCCCACGGAUAAUAAAAAGAACCUUUCAGUUCAACCAAGUAAUAAAGGGUUCAGCAUGGGGAAACGACACGCCGACAGGCUGAAUGAAGAGUUGGAGGACGCCAGCUCAAAGGCACAGGAGCAGAAACCGUUGCUCAAUCAGGACGCCAAGAUACUCUCAGCAGCAGCCAGGCGUGUUCAAAACCGCCGUUCCUUUAACCGGCCUAGACCUCUGCGUUACCCAAAGCUCCAAAAACUUGGGUCUCUCCCAGUCUCUUGCCACAUUCCUCCUCAUUCUCUGGAGCAAGAGGAAACACAGUUUUGAACCUUGAUUUGCACAGAUGCUAAUUUUGGUGAAGCCUUCAAAGAAGCCAAAUGAGCAUAUUUUGGUUGUACGGAGCAACUCUAGAAUAUCUUUUUUUUUGCAGAAUGUCAGUUACUGAAAUGGAGUUCUGUCGUGUGUGAAUUAAGAGAUGUAAAAGACAAAUAAUGGAGCAGUUGAUUGAAGAUUUAGAGGGUGUGGAAUUAGUAACCAUGUUUUUCCUUAAAACCAACUUCUGGUGUAUUGUACAGAAAAGAAAUCUGACCGUAGAAAGGCAGAAAUAUUUUAUAAAUGUGAUAUAGACUGGAAAUUUCCAGUUUAUUCCUACUGAUCUAUUUCUUCAUUAUCCUGAGCAUUUUUUUGUUUUAAAUGUUUAAUGCUGCACAUUUCAUCAUAUUGGACAUUAGUCACGUGUUUAUUUUUUAAGAAAGUUUUGCCAUAAAUCAUUGGUGCCGUAAUACUCUAAAACCUACAAGGUGAUGUUAAGCCACUGGUAUAGCUCCUGAAAACAACACUGCCACAUUACAGUAUAGUGUAACGUAAACUGCAAGUAAAAAUUACAAUCUGGUCCUGGCACUGCCAUACAAUACCAGCAGAUCUGAUCUUGCAGGUCAUCUCCCUGUACUGAGAAGAGUGUUAUUGUAGGCACUGCCGUACUUGAGGAAUGAGCAGGGUGCUGUGGUGAAAUAGCUUUUUGUGCUUUUAGCAUAAGGUUUUAGCAGAUGUGUUUACCAGAUUUUGUUUCAAGAAAUGAUGCAUUUUGUUGGGUGAAAUGGCAUUGCCUUGCACAAGCUGCUUCACAAGUUGGAAUUAGUGCAAUAUGUUUAAAGCUCUCGCCUGAAGAUGGUCGGAGCUCAAUCGCUUCCUCCUGCAAAAAGAAAUCUGCCAGAACAAUGGUCGAGCGAUCUGUUGAUCUGAGGAUUGUGCGGAAAUAGCAUGUUGGGCGGAGAUCUGGUACCAUCCUUAGAAUAUCGUACGUACCCAUUACUGGCCCCCUGGAAAGCAAACACGAUCAACAGUGACUGAGAUAUUCUGUGUAUCUUUACACCUAUUUUGCACAACAGUUAUUGCUGUUUUUUACAGCUUUUAAAAAACUGAAGUUUGUCCCUUUGUUGCCAUGAGUGGAGCCUCUAACAAAGGACAAGACAUUUAGAAUUUAAGUAGCUGUGUUUUCUGGGUUAGUAAACACAGACCCUGUUUAAUGUGAGUGUAAUUCAACUGUAAAAUCUUUCUUUGCACGUCUUUUUUCUCUGUUUUAUUUUCCUUCAGCUUGCAACUGAGAAGGGUGUCCCCACAUUGAUCUACUCCGAGGUCUUAGCCAAAGCAGGCAGCACUUGAAGAUGUGCAGCUGUACCACACCAUCUUUAAGUGCUCGUAAAGACAUCUGCCUGCAGAGAGCGGGUGAUCCACCCUGUCUCCCAGGCCUCUGCUCAGUUGCCUUCCUAUUGUAGCACAGCUCAGGUCCAUUCAGAUUCUUGCCCUUUGGGGAAAUAACAGAUUUGGGGAAAUAAUAAAUUUCUUUGUUUCUAGAAACAAACACCGUGAUUUUUCGCAUACGAAUUGCACCGAGGAUUUUGCAUGUAAAAUAGUGCAAGUCGUAUGCAAAAAUUCAUGGCUUGCUUUUGUAAAUAUUAUUGUACAUCACCUGCACUGGCAUAUAAUGGACACUUGAAUUUCAAGGCCAUCUUUUAGUGUAAAAGGUUAUCCAUUAUAGUAGAUGAACGUGAUAAUGUCUUCAUAUCCCUGCACCUUUAAUUGCUUGUCAUUGUAACUUUCAAAUGUCAUUGUUUAAGGCAUGUUUGCCAUGAGCCUCUGGUGCCAAGAAGAGUGGUGGAAAAUUAGAGAAUACACUUGGAUAAUGGACUUUUCCUUAUCACCCUUCCUCAGUGUCCUCUCCCCCCCACCCCGCCGCCCACCAAACCACUCUGUGUUAUUGUUUAUCUCUGUCCAUUCUUCUUCCCCCUUGAUCACUCCGAUGUUUAUGCACACGUCGAGUGAUGUUCAACAUUCCUUAUUGGCUGAGUCACGUGUGCAAAGGUGUGGGUUCCAACUACCCAAUGCACGGCCCAUUCUGGUAAUCAGCACAGGCGGAGUCCAGAGAGAAGUGCCCGAUCGUUGCGUGACUAGACUUUUUUUUGGAGGAUAUGGCUGGCUUGAGGCAGCUAUACACCUGGUGAUGACAUGCACGAUGGCGUUGCCAGGUGCAAGUGUGCAUUUUCCGUGCAUGUUCCAAUUGGUGGGGUGGGGGGUGGGGAAUGGGGGUGCCAAUGCGAGCACCAGAGGCAGGUUCACUACCACCUUUACUUCUCAGCAACCUCGCUGUCACUUGCCUGUGACUGCUGAACAGGCUAAAUGCAGUAAUAGCUUCAGAGGUUGUACAGUAUUUUGUACUCCUGAUCCUUUUGGUUUAAACAAUGGUGUAACCAGAUCGGUGACACAUAGAACACACCAUGAUGCUUCUGGGACAUUUUAGAUGUUGAUGAUUUAUGGUGUCCUGCAAAUUGUGACAUUUUGCUGUGCAGAGGAAUCCAUGGGAAUGCAAUGUCCUUUGUUAUAUGGACAAUUGGAUAUAUAAGUUGCCCAUCUAAUGUUAUUGAGUUCUACUUCUACAGGGUGGUAAUCUGACCAGUCAGUCUGCUUUCUGUCUUCUACAUACUUAUGGGUUAAUAUUACAUUACUGUAUGUCUUACUUUUGCAAGCCCAGAACAAUAAAUAUAUUUUUUAAAGUCAGCGUUUUAAAAAAGUGUGUCUAUAUAUUGAAAUUAGGAAAAGGCUGAUCUUUUUAUUAAUAUAAGUCUGUAGGCAAUACAUAAUUGCUCAGGAAAGUAUCAUGUAAAGUAACCUCAGGUGUAUACCAAGCAUCGUGCUACCAUAUCACUAUGUCCGGUCUGAUUUUAUACAGAGUACAAGAGUGUAAAGGUUGUCUAUCAUUUUUGUAAAUAAAGAGAAACCAAAUCUUUAAAAUUA